UUUUCUGGUACAUUGUCCAUUUUCAAGAAUCAAAACGUCGCCCUAAAACCCCAAAAGAGCAGAAAUUUGUUAGGACUCAAAGACAAUGGAAGCGAAAAAACCCGUUGCACGGUUGCAGUAACAGUAAUCCCUUGCUUCUCUCUGGAGAACGAAACGGAAGUAACGCAUCCAUUCCAAUUCGAGCCCUUUCUUCACCUUACCUCUUCUUUUUUAUUUUUUUCAAUGACAAUAAUUGAAAUCUCUUUUUGACAAACACGCAGAGAGAAUUUAGUACGGUUGUUGCAGUUGGUAGUGGGGAGAAACCUUGAUCUCCCACUUUUAAUGUUAUUUUAUUUUUCAGAUUUUCAUAUCUUAGCUGUUGAUUGGAGCUCUUUUUCGGGGUGUUUGGUUUCUUGGAUUCCGAUCUGUAUGUACUUCACCUUUUUGGAGGUUGCAAUGUGGUAACUGUUGAAUUAAGUUUUUUGUAAUUACCAAGAGUAGGUUUAGACACGUUUGUCCAUGCUCUUAUUCAUAGAAAUCAAUGUUGGUUAUUCAAUUUGAUGCAUAUAGAGACAAUAAUACUGCUGGUGGUUUUUGUGAGAAAGUUUGGAAAUUCGACGUAGUGGUGGAGAAAUUUUUGUUUGGUGAUGGAUCGGGAGGAGGACACGGUACUAGCCGGUCAGUUUGAUCGAGGGAGGAGUGACAAUUCGAGCAGUUCGGUUAAUGGGGUGGCAUCUGAGUCUAUGAUUUCAGUGAAUUCAGAGGAGAGGGAUUCUACAUGUGUUACUGGAGGAAAUGGGGCUUUGGAGAAAUUGGAUAGUGAGUUGGGGGCAAGUAAGCUGAUAACGAACGGACACGAACAAGUAGUCAAGAAGGAGGACAUUGAUCAGUAUGGUGGCAGUGAUGUGCCGCAUGAAGUUGAUAGAGGGGCAAAUGAAGAUUCGAGCACUUUGGGUGGUGGGAUUGUGCCUGAAAUUGUAAUUGUCAUUAAUUCGAAUGAGGCUCUGAGUGUUGGUGGAGAUGAUGGGGGAUUGGAAGCAAGAAUUAGAGAACCGGUGUUGAGUAAGGUAUCUACCAAAGAGGUGAAUAAAACGGUGUCUGAACCCGAGAAGACUUCGUGUGUGAUUGAUGUGAAGUGCAGCAGUGGUAAAGGGUUUGGUGAGAAUCUGGAUGUGGAAUGGGUUUGUAGGAUUUGCCAUUUGGGAUCUGAGCCAUCAUCUCAUGUGACGGUAAGGAUUACUGGUGAUGUUAAUAUGAUGUCGAUGAUGGAUUUAAUUCAGCUCGGUUGCGGGUGUAAAGAUGAGCUUGGCAUUGCACAUGGUUACUGUGCCGAGGCCUGGUUUAAGAUAAGAGGGAACAGAUUGUGUGAAAUUUGUGGUAAGACUGCUAAAAAUGUUACUGGUGUUGGGGAUAACGGAUUUAUGGAGGAAUGGAAUGGAAGGAGAUCCAUAGGUGGAAGUGGUAACCCCUCAAACAGGGGUCGAGGAUGUUGGUGUGGACAGCCAUUCUGUAACUUUCUGAUGGUAUGCCUGGUAAUAGGUUUUGUGCUCCCAUGGUUUUUUCGUGUAAAUAUGUUCUGAUAUGGGUGUGAAAAAAAAAAAAAAACACGUGUUCUUGAGCAUCGUCAUUUUCCACGCUUGCAUGGUGUAGCUGGUACAUCAUGUGGUUUCCGGCAUUAUAAUGGUGUACGCAUAGAAACUCUGCUUAGAUAGGUCUUUGAAUUUAGGUCCUGAAGAUUUGAGGUUUUGGAUUAUAGACGUUGCCACCCUGACAACUUAGCAGCUGAUCGGGCAAUUCUUUACUGCGUUGCUGUUAAUGUGGCUGGUAAUGCAACGAGAAAUUCUUCCUCCUUUUUAUACCUUAUGUAAGUAGUUAUGUCUAUAAAUUUCAUUUUCAAGGCUGCAACAUUGUUUGAGCCACGAUGUAGACUUUCUCUUUCCUUUCCAUCUUUUUGAUUUUAUAUUUCCUUGUUGCUGAGAGUUUUCACUGUCCACCCAUUGGAACUUCAUAUUUGCUGGGGAGCCUCCAUUAAAGACAUGAAAUACAAUUUGUAGACCAUGAAUACAUGGAAAAACAAUUGUCUGUUUCCUUGCA